AUGCUGAAAGGGAUAGAUGAAAUGCAUUUCACCCCAGAUCUGGUCGUUCCCGAGGGUUGCGAGUGUGUUCUGCUCGUUUGCUCCAAGCCCAAGCGUGGGAUGACCUACGAUGUCAUUGACUCCGGCGGAGGCAUUGUGCUGGGGAUGGAGGACUCGUUCGAGGCAACUCCAGUACCACGACGGAAACUGCUGACCCCCAACAAGGUCUUGCUGGGUCAGUGUGUUCGUACCCAACAAUCAUUCCCAUCGCAGACAUCCACUGAAAUUACGUUUGAGAUCUUGAACGCCGAUCAUGCGGUGUUCGCAAAGCUUACAUAUGAACCGCGACAAGGAAGAGAUGACAAGGUCUUCAUUGAAACAAUCAGCCAGAAGUUUCUCUUUUUCGGAUCUAUCCAGCACCAGACCUUGAAUCUCACUGACUUCUGUGGCAAACUACUUGCUACAACGGAGCCGGUCACACAGCAGGGCCCGCAUGGUGAACCACCUGGAAGCCUACUGCGUCUCAGGGUUGCACCUUUGGCUGAUGUUGGACUAGUUCUGUGCAGCUUGAUGUGUAUUCAACACAUUUCACCAGGAUGGUGA